AAUGGCAUGACGGUUGACUGACGGGGGGGUAAUUAAGAGGGGGAUACGUACACGCCCGUACAUGUAAGUGUCUGUGUGUGUGCGUAUGUCCAUCCAUCCAUCCAUCUCGACUCACUCACUUACUCGCUUCAGACAGACCAAAAAUCCCUCCACCAUGGGAAUGCAAUCGAAUCGAUCGACAAGUCGUCGCAACACAAGACGGCCAACACAGCCAACUCCCAACCCACUCAGUCCGUCCGUCGCGCCGACGGAGUCAGCUGGCCGCUGACUGACACAACAGCCACACACUCUGUCUGUAGGGUUGCCUUACCACUCGCUACACAAAUACGCUCAUACGUCUGUUUGUCUCUAUGGCCAAGAACACAUAUCUCCAUAUGUCUCCGUCUUCACAACUGCAUCUCGGACAGGCCUCUCAUUAACGUGGCGGCUGUUGAGUCUUGGGCGACCCGUCCGGCCGCAGGGCGGGGCACUCGUUGACGAACUCCCUCUCAUACAACCUGCAUAGGAUACAUAAUGCACACACACACAUCCACACACACACAUUCGUAUUUCGCUGGCAUUGCACCCCGUGCUUACCUAGUCGCGAAGUUCUCCUUCCCUCUGUGCCACGUGCCAAUCCACCACAGCUUCAGCGGGGUCAGAAACCGCCUGACAGUCACACGACGCACACGCACACAGUGCGAUAGCCGACAAAACGCCUCUCGCCCAUCUUAUUUACCCUCCGGCGACCAUCCACGCGGCGUUGAUCUUGGAGAGGGCGUACAAGUUGUUCGUCCGAGUGUGCCGCAGUCGCUCGAACUUCUUGAGGGCCCUCUCGAUGCGGGCACCGGCAUCGCUGCUGUCGCUCCUAUCGCUGGCGGUUGCCGGCUGCUGCAUGGCCUCGGCAAGCACAUUUGCCAGCACAUAGGAGGACUCCAGAGCCAUGUUGCAGCCCUGAACAUGCAAACAGCAGAACAGAGAAUGGCCGCAUGGAUGGAUGGACGGAAGACCGCGUGUGUAGUACGGCUCUGUGGCUGGCCAGCCUCACCUGUCCGGCGGUCGGCGGCAUGGCGUGGACGGCGUCGCCCGUUAGCACCACUCGGUCGCGGAACCAUGUGGGGACCGGCUCACGGUGGUAGAUGCCUAAAUGGUAGUGGCGAAUGGACCUCGACACCAGUGCUGAGAUGAACUCAGGCCAUCUGGGUGCAUCAGCAGAAGGAAGAGAGUACGUGCGUUGCGUGCGUGGGGGAAUGGUAUGCAGUCAGGUCAGAUUAAGUGUGUUACUCUUUGUCGACGUUUUCUUUGAAGGCCUCCACCGCCGGCUUGUCAUCGGUCCAGUCCUCCGGCCUCUCGCGGCCUGACAGACACGAAAGGAAAGGAGGGCGAAUGAAUGGACGUGCCAGAAUGAAUGAACAAGCGCAAUAUGUCAGUCAAAGUGCCUGCCUGCCUUACCAGACUGGAUGAGUGUCCACACACGCAUCCUUGCGCCUUCUGCACCAGCAGGGUGGCACAGGAACCACUUCUUGGAACCUAGCAAGCGAAUAGAGAAGGAUGCAAGCCGGUGGGAUGGAUGGUCUGUCUUUUCUUUCUCCUCUGCUCUGACGUACCGACAAGCUCCAUGAGCUCGUCCUGCUCGAACGUGGGGUGGUCGUUGAGCUCCGGCUCUGGGCAGACGCCGCACCAGUACUCCAUCUCUGAGAAGGUGGGCGGCUUCUCAUCGCGCACCACAGCGUCACGCACCCUCGAACGAAUCCCUGCAGACACACAGGCCUGCACUGCACCCACUCGUUGUACUCGCUGCCCCACCCCUCCAGCGUACCGUACCGUCAGCGCCAAUAAUGAGGUCUGCACUUUCAACACAAGUGUCGCCUGAAAUGAGGGAGGGAUCCAUGCAUCGCAUCAAUCAUGGUGUCAGACGGCGGACAUGCACUCACCAGCUAGCUAGCUGCGUACCGUUCUCAUCGACGAUCUGCACUGAAGGCGUGGGUUUGGUGCUCUCGACCUUCUCGACGGUGACACCCCUCCUGAUGCACUCGGGAGGCACUAGCGCCUCCAGCCUCGCGAGAAGGUCCGCCCGCAACACACCCCCUGGAUGGGCACAGACACAGAAAGAAAUGAUUGAUUGGACAUCCUUGUAGGGUGGUCUCCCUCCCGCUCAGCUCACCGGGCACAAGGCCGGUCUUCUCCCUAAAAUAGUCGUCCCUGCACAGCACAAGUGAAGCAGACAGCCACACCACACCACACCACACCACACCAGACCACACCUACGGCCCAUUGGUGGACGGACGGCUACGGGCUGUUCUUCUCUAUGUACCACUGAGUGGUUCCGAGAGGCCGCCCGUCGCUCCUCAUGAAGGUGAGCUUGUUAACUGGCGCAAUGACCUCCUGGAAGGUGCUCAGCACGCCCCACUCACGCAGCACCGCCUGACCGUUGAUCCCCAGCUGAAUACCUGCACCGGCUGUCGAGUAAUACUGCACCCACACGCACGCACACAGCACCCAGGCAGACAGGCAGGCAGGCAAAGUGCGUCCAUCGUUUGUUUGUCUAUGUGGGUGCAUGCCAUGCGUGGCUGACUUUGAGAGCCCGCUCCAGCACUGUGACCUCAAAGCCCUUCUGGGUUAGCGCACAGGCCAGGCUGAGCCCAGAGAUGCCCCCGCCGCAAACCAACACCUGUUGUGUUGGCCAGUCAGUGUGUUAUCACAUCAGAUCAGGCCAGAUGAAGACACCGGCGAACCAACCAACAUGAUUCGUGAUGAGUGAAUGAAAUGAAUGCGGUGCUUUCCUCCUCUCUGCCUACCAGCCUGCCCUACCUUCAGUGUCAUUGUCGUGCGGCGUUUGUUCUUUUCUUCACCGGAUGAGCCGCAGCUUCCGAGACUCUCCACACAUGCUGCCACAAAACCAGCGUGCCCGUUAUCCAACGAACGAAUGAAC